AUGAGUUCUGUGAAGCUUUCGCGGCCAUUGCCCAAGCGACUCAUUCUUCUUGGAAGCCGGUCGAAGUCAACUCUUUGGUGUCUUUCGAGAAAAUGAUCAACUAGCGUCUAGUGGUCUGUAGUUCGCGAACUAACUAGUUCAAUCGAACGAAUCUUUUGAUUGAACUAAGUGAACUAGGUCAUCAUUCCUUGAAAAAUUCGUUCGCUACGAAUGACUGGUAUUACAGGCUCCCGAUGACGCAAUCGAACUAGUUGUAAGUGAACGAAUGAGAAAGAGAUAGGAGACCGCAGGGUUAUUACGUAAAAAAAACUAUACAACUAGCCUUAUGGACCAAGUAGGCUAGUGUGCAAAUGGUUCAUUACGGGCUUGCUAUAAGUGAGCAUGAAGUGAACGACAGCUAGUUGCAAGUUGACGUCGUGUAGGAAAACCUACAUAAUGUCAUAAAAAUCCUACUUAAUGUCAAAACAAUGCUAAAAAACGACAUAAAGCCACUUUUCAAGUUACGUAACGCCGCUGUCGUAAGGACAAAAUUGUAUAACUGGUUGCAUAGAAGUAAUGAAAAAAGAUGGAAAAACUUUUAUAAAAAAAAAACCAGGCAAAUGA